AUGAAAGAGCCUGAGGAGGAGGGAGAGGAGCAGCGGCAGCAGGAGGAAACUCCCCUCCACCCGAUGAACUGUUUCGAGGGCAUGAAUUGGCGCCGUUGCGCAAUUAAGGGCAGCAGGUGCCCUCCUCGUAGAUCCAAGGAGGGUGAUCUAUGCAAGGGCUGUGAAGACGAAUCGGGCUGCAUUCAGUGCCCGGUCUGUACAGAAUUGCACAGAGGGCGCGAGAUGACAGGCGCUGAAAAAGCUGUUGAAUUUUGCUGGUGCUCAUGCUUGCGUCUUAGCUGUGUCAGGUGGGCUGUUCAACGAUGCCGGAGUUUGGAGAUGCACGAGGCGGUGGGAGUCAGGGGUUGCCCUGAUGGCUUGCGACUCGGGUGGUGCUUCUGA